CCUCAAUUGUCGCCGUCGUCCUCCUCCCCCCGCCCUUUCCCAAGCAACCGUUCCUUAAUCCGUCUCGUGUGUGCGCGCGCGCUCCUCCCUCCCUUCCUCUGCUUGCUCCUCCUCCUCCUCCUCCUCGGGAGCGCGCGUGCAGGGGUAACAGGAGUCAAAGCCGGCCGUGCGGCUGAAGGGGAAGGGCGGCCGUAGCGGCGCUGCUGAGGGGAGAGAGAGAAAGCCUCUCCUUCAGCCAUGGCGGAGCGAGGGGCGCCCGGCGGUGGCGGCGUCAGUGGCGGCCAACGCGGCCCAACAGCCCCUUCCCUCCUUCAGGCGGCGUCCAACCCCUCAGCCUCUUCGGCGUCGCCGGCUCCACCGAACGCCUCAGGGCAGCCUCCGCCGCCCUCGACGGCGGUGCAGCAGCCGCAGCAAUUACUGGCGCCUCCUCCUUCGGCGCCGCCGCCUCAGCCGCCGGCCCUCGGGCCCGGAGGCGGCUCUUUGGCCCCAGGAGGAGCCUUGGGAGCCCCGGGGUCAAGCGCUGGCGGGGCGGCGGCGGCGGCGGCGGCAGGGGGCCGCCCUGUUCAGAUGAACCUUUACGCCACCUGGGAAGUGGACCGGAGCUCGCCCAGCUGCGUGCCCAGAUUGUUCAGUUUGACCUUGAAAAAGCUCAUCAUGCUGAAAGAGAUGGACAAAGAUCUGAACUCUGUGGUGAUUGCUGUGAAACUGCAGGGCUCGAAGAGGAUCCUGCGAUCCAAUGAGAUUGUCUUACCUGUCAGUGGACUUGUGGAAACAGAGCUUCAGUUGACUUUCUCUUUGCAGUAUCCUCACUUCCUGAAGCGAGAUGCCAACAAGCUGCAAAUCAUGUUGCAGCGAAGGAAGCGAUACAAAAACAGGACCAUUCUGGGCUACAAAACUCUAGCUGUUGGCCUUAUCAACAUGGCUGAGGUUAUGCAGCAUCCAAGUGAAGGGGCCCUGGUACUUGGUCUUCACAGUAACGUGAAAGAUGUUUCUGUCCCUGUUGCUGAAAUAAAAAUCUAUUCUCUGUCCAGCCAGCCAAUAGACCACGAAGGGCUCAAAUCCAAAUUAUCUGAUCGCUCCCCUGACAUUGACAACUAUUCGGAGGAGGAAGAGGAGAGCUUCUCUUCUGAACAAGAGGGGAGUGAUGACCCCCUUCAUGGACAGGACUUGUUUUAUGAAGAGGAGGACCUUAGGAAGGUGAAAAAAACUAGGAGGAAAAUGACCUCAGCUUCUGCAAUUACUCGGCAGCCAAAUAUUAAGCAGAAGUUUGUGGCUUUACUGAAGCGGUUCAAAGUAUCUGAUGAGGUCGGCUUUGGUCUGGAGCAUGUUUCCAGGGAGCAGAUCCGGGAGGUAGAGGAGGAUCUCGAUGAGCUCUAUGAUAGCUUAGAGAUGUACAACCCCAGUGACAGCGGUCCUGAGAUGGAAGAUACAGAGAGUAUCCUCAGCACACCAAAACCAAAACUCAAGCCUUUCUUCGAGGGAAUGUCACAGUCAAGCUCCCAGACUGAAAUUGGAAGCCUUAACAGCAAAGGGAGCCUUGGCAAGGAUGCCACCAGCCCUGUGGAAGCAUCCAUUGGGGACAAAAUGAAACCUACCCGGAGUAAAAAUGCAGAUGACCAUGUCAAUGAAGCAGACACACUGGAGGGAAAUGGUCAGGAUACAUUUGGAGACUCAACUGCCACCUUAGUCAUCCCAGACAAAGUCAAGACACCUAUGAAGACCAGCAAGGGAGAGCUUCAGAGCGUGGCCUCACCUAGCAAAAUGGACAGUGCUACACACACACCCCGGCAGAAGCGCAGCACCCCACUCAAAGAGCGUCAGCUUUCCAAGCCCCUCAGUGAAAGGACCAAUAGUUCCGACAGUGAAAGGUCACCAGACUUGGGUCAUAGCACACAGCAGAUUCCUCGCAAGAUUGUUUAUGAUCAGCUGAAUCAAAUCUUAGUGUCAGAUGCAGCACUGCCAGAAAACAUCAUCUUAGUGAACACUGUUGACUGGCAAGGCCAGUAUGUAGCGGAUCUCCUUCAGGACCAGAAGAAGCCAGUUGUUUGCACGUGCUCCACAAUUGAAGUUCAAGCUGUCCUCUCUGCUAUCCUCACGAGGAUCCAACGAUACUGCAACUGCAAUUCCUCCAUGCCACGCCCUGUGAAGGUGGUGUCUGUCGGGGGCCAGAGUUACCUCAGCUCCAUCUUGAGGUUUUUUAUGAAGCAGUUGGCAAACAAGACGUCAGACUGGCUGGGCUACAUGAAGUUCCUCAUCAUCCCGCUAGGUUCUCAUCCUGUAGCCAAGUACAUGGGCUCUGUGGACAGCAGAUACAGCAGUAUGUUUCUGGAUGCCACCUGGAGAGAACUCUUUGGCAAAUCUGAGCCACCUAUGACUGAACCUUUUGACGUGGUUGGCCGGAUCAUGCAGUAUGUGAGUGGAGCAAAUGUGACCCACCAGCUGCCUGUGGCUGAGGCCAUGCUGACCUGCAAGCACAAAUUCCAAGAUGAAGAUUCUUACCAAAAGUUCAUCCCUUUCAUUGGGGUGGUUAAAGUGGGCCUCAUUGAAGACUCGCCUGCAGCUACAGGAGAGGGAGAUGAUUCUCCCAUCAUCAGCCUCACAGUUCCCUCCACCUCUCCCCCUUCUACCUCUGGGGUUUCCAGGGACGUCGCUGCUACCCCACCGUCAUCUCCCUCUAUGACUAGCGGACUGGCUGUCAUGGGGUCCCCCAAUAGCCCUUACGGCGAUGUCAUUGGACUACAGGUGGAUUACUGGUUAGCUCAGGCCACGGAAAAGAAGAAGGAAGGGGAAAAAAAGGAUGCCACCUCCAAAAACACACUCAAGAGUGUCUUCCGCUCGGUGCAGGUGUCACGGCUUCCAAACAGCGGGGAAACCCAGUUGUCUGGGACCAUGGCCAUGACUGUUGUCACCAAAGAGAAGAAUAAGAAAGUUCCCACAAUUUUUCUGAGCAAGAAACCCAAAGAGAGAGAGGUAGAUUCCAAGAGCCAAAUGAUUGAUGGAAUCAGCCGGCUGAUCUGCUCUGCAAAACAGCAGCAAACUAUGCUGAAAGUUUCCAUUGAUGGUGUGGAGUGGAGUGACAUCAAGUUUUUCCAGCUAGCUGCCCAGUGGCCAACCCAUGUGAAACACUUCCCUGUUGGACUCUUUGGCUCGAAACCGGCCUGAUGAUAGCUAUGCAGUGGUCCCUCCUGCGCCCUCAUCGCUUUGCUGCAAUGCGGCAUCACCUCUGUCCAAACCAUCAGCCAAAUCAGAGCUGUUCUGUGGUAACUUCACCCGUGUUGCAAUACUGUGUGUUGAUCUGGUCACGACAGGGAGGGACCAGCCUCUGGUGCCAAGAGAGAUGCUACAUUUUUGUCUCCAGCCAAGGAGCUGCCCACUGACUGCUUCCUCAUAUUUUACUGCCACAUUGUGUCGUGGGUGUCCAGCCUCCAUCUGUGCCGAGUGCAUUGCAUCUUGGAAAUGAAUCCCAAGAGAUUUGGAUUCUACUGGCUUCCCAUCGCACCUGGUACACACUCCCUCUCUGAACUGGUGCACCUGUGUCUUCCUGAAGAAUGUGCUUGAGAACUUGUGGUCCAUGAAAAUUCGCCUUUAACGAUAAUUGUUCUUGUUUUAUGUUCUGACUUUUGCUGAGUCAACUGAGAGCUUUGCUGAAUACGCACUCUUUCAAAAGUUCUCCUUUUCAGCCUCAGCCUCUCCAAAAGCACAAAGCUUGCAAAGCCCACGUUGGCUGUUGUGUUAGCAGCCAAACUCUUAACCCCAGCUAGGCCUUGCCACAAGCAGGCAAGGCCCCUUCCUCCUGCCUCCGGUCACUCCUGUGUCUCAUCGCUAGGUCAAACAUGUCAGGUUGGUAAAAAGAGCCUCAACAUUCACGUGAGGCUGGCAGUCCUUGCAUAGAUGAAGAGCGGAAAAGUCAUUGUAGGGAGAUGGAGGUGGAUAUUUUUCUCUGACAGGCACACCCACUCCCCUCCCCUAGCCACAUCCUCUUCACUUCUCCACAACUGUACUAGUCUUUUCUUAUAAUACUCCCCCCACCCACGGCCUGUCCUUAAAGUGUUUUUCAAAAGAACUUGGGUCAUUGUUUUCCUGAAAUACAUUUUCAUUUCCAUGUAAGGUUCCACUUGCUAGCGUGGCCUCACAGUGGAGUGGGGAAGAUUGUCCACCAUACUGGGAAGCCCGAUAACGUCAUUAGACAACCUGCCCUGAAGCUUGCCCCGUUUAACUGUGCUUGGCAAUAGUUCUGAGGGGUGUGUCAUCCUGGCCACAUAGCACAAUCGAGAGAAGCUACAUUGUGUCCCACUGUCGUACUACCUGUUCCUGAGCCUUGUGGUGUGACGCAUCUCAGCACAAGGAGAUCUUUCUGGGGACCUGGUCAACCAUCUUCUCUGCAGCCUACUGCUCACAGCUCUUUCUGAGGUGUGGCUGGAAACCCAGCAGCAUUCUUACCCAUGUCAGUUUUGUUUUGAAGCAGGUCUGUGUCACGGAGCCUCCAAGAACUAUAUGUGCCACGUACCAGAAACUGCAGACCUUGCCAAACGUUCUUCCUAAGCGCUUGCCCUGACAGGCAGGAGACCAGCCUUUGCCCUCAGACUUCCGUGUUGAUGGGAGCAGGUUGAAUGGCUCGUGCAACUGAGACCAGAGGUGCUUGACAGUGAUGCAAAAUGGCCUUGCCAACUGUCAUGCAGCAAUACUUGAGGAAGGCUGGAGAAGGGCUACUUCUGUGUAGCAAACCUCCACUUCAGGGGGCAUUUUUGUGUGCUUGCUAUGAGCUUCUCUCCCCCUGUAACUCCUUCCUGGUUUUUGCGAAGGGCCCCUGAAGCUGGCAUUCCAGUGGACACGUAGAAGGUGUCUUCCCCCCCUCUUCUUGUGAGCUUUGUCAGCAGCUCUGAGUGCACUGCUCUUAAACUGCUCCUGACCAGCAAUAAAACAAACCACCCCCAAUUGGGGGGGGGGCAUUUCAUAUGGGUACUUUCAGGCACCACACCUUAUUGGUUGUUUGAAACAGCUUUGGGGCCCCACCAUAAAGCUUAAACUCUUAACUGCUCAGCGUUCAGCAUGGCUGUGUCAGAAAGGUGGAGUACAGAGCCCACAAUCUGUCUUCUAGAUGCUCUUUUUGUAUUUUUGAGUGACCACAUAUUUUCAGGGGUCCCAGAAUUCAGCUUAGAGUAACUUCUUCGUGCAUGGCGGGGUGGAUCUUUGCCUACCUUAAAGUGGCAAUGCUGGUUUCCAGGCUUUUACACUGGAAAGGGAAAUAUGAGGGUGUCAAUGAGAGGACUGACUUAAUAGUAUUUGAGCACUCUUCUCUCCUUCCCAGAUUGGAAGAGGGGAGCCCAUGAAGCUCUUCCCCCCCUUCAAGCUGCUUCUCCCCAAGGCCAGUUCUUUCAGAGCUCCUUCAGGCUUGUCAUUGAGCUGGUGUAACUGUUGAGAGAGAGAGUGUGAGAGAGUGUGAGAGUGUGAGAGUGUGAGAGUGUGAGAGUGUGAGAGUGUGAGAGUGUGUGAGAGAGUGUGAGAGAGUGUGAGAGAGUGUGAGAGUGAGAGUGUGAGAGUGUGAGAGAGAGACACACACACACACACAGAGUACAAGCAACUCCAUCCACUUUAUGCCUCUGGAGGGUGGGAUGCCCUCCCAGGCAUACGUGAGAACAAGCAGUGGGGCCACUGAAGCGGAUUGCAUCCCCCUUGCUGAGGAGUCUUGGUGGCAGGAAAAAAAACGGUUGUGUUUUUUUGUUUCCUUCUCUUGGCUCCUACUGCUGUGGCUAUGUGACAAAUGUGGCUUUUGUACUCCCAAGCGAUGCGGUCAGAUGCAUAGAGCAACACUGACCUUCUGUGGCUGUCCUGAACUCGGCAGCCCCCUUUCUCAAGCGGGAGAUGUCACAGAAUACAGGAUAUCUCGGCAUUUCCCUCUCGGGCGAGAUCUCCUCUGUUUGUGUGUUGUCCCCUCCCACACAUACACUCCAAACGCACGAAAUACUGAAGAAGCUCCUUGGCUCCAACAUGGGAAAGGGAGUUCAUGCUGGCACGUCCCUUAUCCCCUGGGUUUGGGGGCAGUGGCUUCCUCUGCAUGAGAGGCAGGGGGGUACCAUAUAGAGUAGGGGGUAUUUAAAUAAGCACAAUCCUGAAUAAUCUACUACCUUCUCUGUAGAAAUGUUGUCUGUCUCUCUUUUUCAUAUUCUGCGCCCCCCCCAACUCCAUAAACAAAUGUUAUUCCUAGUCAAAUUGCUUCAGGUUUAAGGUUUGAGAGAGCCUGUCAAAGUCGGCCCAAUUCCAUGUUGGGAGAAGCAGGGGAGGGAUAUGGCUCCAAACACCCAACAUCUAGGACUCCCUGAUACUUUGGCAAGGAAGCAUCCGCCUUACUGGGCUCCCAUAUUAAGAGAAGAUCCUUUGUUAAGUCAGGCCUGUGAACCUUAUAACCUUCCCUAAGCUGAGUGGAGUCCAACAGGCCCACUGGGAGCUCGAUAAGCCUUUUUUUUUCCUUUUUGCCUAUAGAAGCUGUAAAAAUGGAGGGGUUGUUACCUAGCAGGCCACAAUCCAUGGUGGUGGGCAGGGUCACAAGCUGUGUAGGUCCAGGGUAUGGUGGACCUUAGAGUGGAUGGGAUUUGUUCAGUAGCCAAUCAACUGUCUUCACCAAGAUUUAAUUUUCAGGUCGCCCUCUGGGUUGCCUUUGGCCAAUCUGAAGUGGAUGUGGGAGGAGGGCAAGCUGUGAUAGAUGCCUUUGUCUGUAGCUGCAUCUUGGGCUUCUGUAGAAGUACCCACGAGCCCCACCCCCCUCUGUGAGCCGGAUUGGUGCAGUGUUGACACCAUCUGUGCCCAUCUGUCAGUCAAACCAGUGCAGGACAGCCUCACACAUGUCUGCUGUGUUGCGGUUUUUCUCUCUGUGGCCUGGCUGUUCAGAUUUAUGCUUUGCAAAGGUGCACGCACUCUGGCUCUCACAGCUGUGGUCUGGGACAAAGGGGCCUUGUUAAUCUUGGGCUUGUCAGAAUUUGUAAAGCCACUUGCAAGGCUGGGGACAGCCAGCUGGCUCUUUCCCCCCCUCUUUCAAAUUCCCAUUGGGUCUCCAGUGUUAAACCCUUCUACUCCCCACAAUGCCCAAGGGAGGUGGUGAGGGAAGGUUCAUUUCGAGAAGCAGCUGCCCAGAUAACUCUGGAAAACGAGCCCUGCAGCUGUUUGCUUUGGAAUGGGUGUGUUUGCAACAUCCUUCCAGCCCAAACUGUUGGCAUUGUAGGGAAGGAUCCUGACACUGAACCCAAUCCUUUCGCCACCAUCUCCCUGGCCCUAUAAGAUGGGUUUCUCCCCCUUCCUCUCCCCUGGGGAAGAUAGGCUCAGGAGGCUGAGCAGAUGGAUCUGCCCCCCUGGGGAUGGGUCGAGCAGGAGUCACUCCCAUUUAUGUACUUUGCUGUGUCUGCAUAGUGAGUGUGAAGGUAAGGCACACCGACUCUUAGCAUGGAAGGGAAAUUGUGUGUCGCGGAAGCUUAAACUGGCUAGCCCCUGAGUCAUAGAAAACUCCCAAGAACCACACCCAUCACCUUGGUCAUCCCCCAAGCACCAUUUUGCUCUGUUUUCCCCCAUGCCUGCCCUCUACUCCUGAGCCAGCCCCAUGAAAGAUCCUACCAAAGAGGAUGCUCUUGCCCAGGGAAGGGAGACACUCUGCUCCAGGGAGCUCUCCAAGGUCUGUGACCUUCAUUUUCAUACAGCCUUUCCUCUGGCCUAAUUUCUCACGUCUUGACUGUUACAGUGAGUGUGUCCCAUUUGAGGACUGUUGUGUUUCCUGUUUUUGCUGUGGAUUUUGCACAAUCUGGAACCUUUGUUGAUAAAUUCAGAUCUGGAUUUCCAUGUCUAUUCUGUGUCCCAGCCACUGUACAUAAAUAUGAGUUUUGUAUAUAAUCUCAUUUUAUUCUUGUUUUUGUAAGUGUGUUAAUUCUCUUGAUUUGUAUUGCAGGCCCCAACAAUCCACAUUAAGAAUCUCUGCUUGGGUUGAAUUUUGGAGCCUUGUUGGUAUUUGAUGCAUUCUAUUAUUGGGGUCUGUUGUCUCCCCACCCCCACCCACUAUUUUUGGAAUUUUUCAUUAAAUAAAAUGUUUUUUUCGUAA